AUCAUCAAAAAUGUUUUUUAUAAGUCAAGGAUAAACAAGUAACCAAUCCGUGCAUAUUUUAAGAACUUUGAAAUCUAAUUAACAUGACUAAACACAAAGUAAGGCUCCUUUUUUUACAGAAACAAAUCCUUUUUACAUUUGUGAGGCUUAAGAAAAUAUUGAAAGUGUGGAAAAAUAUGCAAACGCAACACAAUCGUAAGACGUAGAAAUUGUUUGCAAAUCCUGUACUAUAUUUCUUUCUUACAGUUAUAAUAUAAAAUAUAGCGUAAAAUCGAAUAAUUGAAAAUAAGUAUGGACAGUGCAGUAAAACAAGAAGAAAUAAUGGAAGGUUAUGAUGUGGAGGUUGCUGGUGAUGUAUUUAAAGAUGCAUAUUGUAUUAUCUGUUUGAAGUUGAUGCGUGAUGCUAUUCAGAUGAACUGUGGACAUGGAAUGUGUAAAGCAUGUUUUCAUGCAUUGACCGAAUCAUGCAGACAAAGAAACAUUGAGUUGGUUUGUCCAUCGUGUCGACAAAAUGUCAAUAAGGAUCAAGUAUUUCACAACUCAAUGCUUGAUAGAAUCAUAGCUGCAAUAAAAGUGAAAUGUACAAAUAAUCAACUUGGUUGUGAAUGGAAUGGAGAAUUGCAGAUGAUGGAGGAUCAUCAGUCUACUUGCAAAUAUCAAAUGGUAGAAUGUCCGUUUGAUGGAUGUAAUGAAGAAAUGCAAAGACAAGCAUUACAUAAACACAAAUCAAUUUGUGAAUAUAGAGUAAUACAAUGUGAUUAUUGUACUGAAUCAUUUCUUCCAAAUGAACUUCAAAAUCAUUUUGAAGUUUGUGAAUAUUAUCCUGUUACAUGUUCAAAUCAUCUGUGUUCAGAAUUGGUUCCAAAGUGCAAGAUUGAAAAUCAUCUUUUAAAAGAUUGUUUAUACCAACUCAUUGAUUGUUCAUUCCAUUCAAUUGGCUGCUCUGUAAAGGUCUUACGUAAAGAUUUGAAUCAACAUUUGAUCGAGUGCAACCAACAACACAUGUUGUUCUUGUUACAAGAUUCUCAUUUGAAGAAUAAAAUGAUUGAACAAUUACAAAAUGAAAACAAAAUGAUUAGAUUAGAAGCUGCUGAAAGUGAUCACAAAUUGCUCACAAAGAUUGAAGCAUUAGAAAAUAACAUCACUUCUGUGAGAGAAGAAGUUGAGGUGACUAACAGAAAAUUGAAUGAAUACAAAGAACAAUAUAAAAAUAUCAUCUCAAAGUUAAAAAACAUUGAACAGAAAUUUCAAACAUUAACUUGUCUUACUCCAGAUGAAUUAACCGGACUUUUUCCAGAUACAACAAAUAAAAAAAGUAACCAAAUAAAUGUCCAAAGUGAAGUUGUAAAUGGGCAGUUAAAUCUAGUGCAAAAAGUUAGCAUGGUUACUGAGACAUUCCAUCUGACACGGGAACAGGAAAUUGAAAGUGCAUUAAAACUUUUUCAAAUUUCUCACAAACAGUAUCUUGAUGAGUGUUCUUCAAGGGAACUUUCAAGUCUUUCUGGUGCUUCAGAAACUGUAAAAAGUGGAUUAGCGUUGCCUGUAACAUACUGGGAUAUCUUUAUGGAUACCUUAACACAAAAUUCUAAAGUUUUUAAUUUUCAAAAAAUGUCAACAAUAUCGGAGUUAUGUGAUCUUUUAAAAAGUCCGCAAUGCAGUGCUCGUUCCAUGUUUGGAACAAAGAACUAUUUUGAGAGAAAUAAUUGCGUUUAUGUUAGAUGUAAAUAUUCUGAUGUGGCUGGCCAGUGUAAAGAAAUAAAAACCACUAAUCACAAAAUUUUAAUAAAGAAUCACCAUUCGACGAUAUAUGUCAGAGAUAAAAAAAUGAAAGAGGCAUACUUAAUUAGUAGAACUCGUGAAAAAGUAAAAUUAAGUCCUGAUGACGAGGGUGAUCAUGGCAGUUCGGUGUAUGAUAGUUUAGUAUAUCAUAAAUACAUCGUAAAUGAUUGGUUUUUAUUAGAAAUUAUGUACUAAUAUUUUUAACUAUUGUGACAUGAUGAGUAACAAUUUAAAAAAAAAACUUUUGUUAUGUGUUGUUUCUGUAUAUUAACAUGAUAUUUUUGCUGUUUUUUUAUUACGUAAUACUUUUAUAUAUAUCGUUGUAUUAUUUCUUGUAAGUAAUAAUGUUUUUAAAUAUGGGAAAGGAUUUGACAAAGCUUUGUAUAGAAUAAACUCGCUAUUGCUCAGUGCGGGUACCACGUGAUUAUAAAAAUGUAUUUAGUAAUCGUAUUGACUUGAAAGUCUAAAGUUUCGAUUCUUAAUUUGUUUCUGGCUAAAUAGCACAGGAUGCAGUAGAAUUAAAUUUAAAGUAUUGAUCUGUCUAUUAAAAUUAGUAUUACAUUUAUAUUGUAACUCUUUUAAGUAGGUAAUUUUUUUUGUACUAUGCUUGUAGCUUUGUUUUCAGUGUAAUCACAAUGUUUUUGUAAAUUUCUAUAUCGCUAUGAAUUAUAUGAAAUUGUUUAAUUAAACAUGCGAAAGUGCUUGCGGUCACAUUUUUAUAGAUUACUUGUCACACUGGUAAUUCAUCAUCAUGGGGAUAGGAUUGACUUUUAAUUUUGGUGUAAUUACGUAAUUGCCCCCUGUUGUGACGUAAGGAAAGACAAAAUAUAAUUGAAUUUUUUAGGUAAUAAUGAAAAAUGUCGCAGUUAAAGUACGCUAUGAUUUAAAUAGUGAAAGUACCUGUAAUAUGUACAAAAAUAACGUAAUUAUAAAAAACAUUAAUUUUAUAAAAAAAACUUUAAUUUUUGCAUAUAUGAAUAUUUACUUCAGAUAUUUUACCCCCUAUUCACGACUGGCUAACCGCUGGAAAAUUCAAAAACUAAUUUUAGAAUUGCAAAGUUAGGAAAAGUCACAAAAUUUCAGGUUAUAACAGUGAGUACAAAAAAAGAUAUUUAAAACAACCCGGCUGUCACUUUGCUAAUAAGGUUAGUUUGAGCCUCCAUCGAAGCCGUGUUAAAUGAGCUAUAUCAACCAUACUAUUUGAUACAGGCUUCAUAUUCUAUAUAUUAUAUAUGGAUUCUUAAAUAGAUAAGGUUUGUUACAAAGGGCAGUUUGUAGAAGCAAUUAUGCAACUAAAUUGUCAGGUCCAUGCUUGUUUGUUUUUGUCGUUCAAGUAAAUUGUGCUAGUAGUAAAUUGUAAAUUUAACAGUCUUUCUUAUUAAGUGUGAUGGUAUGAUUUUCAUGUAUUAGCUAUUUAUAUAUGUCGACGGUCAUUUUUAAUAUGUUCUUGCCAGUUGACAGUGUUAUCCUGGAAUUAUUUUUUUGGUUAUUUUGACUCAUGGUAUUAUCAAUUAUACUUCUGUUUUGGAA